GCUCGCUGUCAGCGUGACACUGAACAGAUCUCCAGGGAUGGACCUCUUGAAAUUGGCUUCCCAGUUCCUGUGAAGGAGGUAACACCACUUCAGGCAUUGCCAGCAUCUACAACAGGAAAAAAAGAGCCACAGGGUGUCUCGUGGGAGACUCCAGUGGAGGGCACAAUGAAGGGGGAGACUCUGAUAGAGUCAGACUUGGGAGAGCAGCCACACGAGCAGCAAGAGCACCAAGUGCAGCUAAAACUAACCAUCGAAGAUUUUAUCCUGCACAAGAUGCUGGGGAAGGGCAGUUUCGGCAAGGUGUUCCUUGCUGAACUGAAGAGCACAGACCAGUAUUUUGCCGUGAAAGCUCUGAAGAAGGAUGUGGUGCUGAUGGAUGAUGACGUUGAAUGUACUAUGGUGGAGAAGAGAGUCCUCUCCUUAGCUUGGGAGCACCCAUUCCUGACUCAUGUCUUCUGUACGUUCCAGACCAAGGAAAACCUCUUUUUUGUGAUGGAAUACCUCAAUGGAGGAGACCUCAUGUUCCAUAUCCAGAGCUGUCAUAAGUUUGACCUUCCCAGAGCAACGUUUUAUGCUGCUGAAAUCAUAUGCGGGCUCCAGUUCCUCCAUUCCAAGGGCAUAAUAUACAGAGACUUGAAGCUAGACAAUGUCCUCUUGGACAAUGAGGGUCACAUCAAAAUUGCUGACUUUGGGAUGUGCAAGGAGAACAUGUUUGGAGAUGCGAAGACAAGUACUUUCUGUGGGACUCCUGACUAUAUCGCUCCUGAGAUAUUGCUGGGACAGAAGUACAACACUUCCGUUGACUGGUGGUCCUUUGGUGUCCUCCUGUAUGAGAUGCUUAUUGGCCAGUCUCCUUUCCACGGUCAAGAUGAAGAGGAGCUUUUCCAGUCUAUCCGUAUGGAUAACCCGUUCUACCCUCGCUGGCUUGACAAGGAUGCCAAGGACAUUUUAGUGAAGCUUUUUGUGAGAGAACCUGAGAGGAGACUGGGAGCAAGAGGUAACAUCCGCCAGCAUGCCUUUUUCCGAGAAAUAAACUGGGAAGCUUUAGAAGAAAGAAGAAUGGAGCCUCCUUUCAAACCAAGAGUGAAAUCUCCGAGUGACUGUAGCAACUUCGACAAGGAAUUUCUAAAUGAAAAACCUAGACUGUCCUGUGCCGACAGAGCACUGAUUAACAGCAUGGACCAAAAUAUGUUCAGCAACUUUUCUUUUGUGAACCCUAAAAUGGAGAAAAUAUUUUCCUGAGAUCUGCCUUACUGAAGGAAUUUUCUGUAAUGGUUUGAGUAACACUUUUUCAACUGAAGACUGUGCGUGGUUAUUUUUAUCAAGAACCCACCAGAAAAACACCUCAGUGAAAGUUUUGACCACACCUGGAGGCUUCCAGCUUAUUCCAGUCUGUAGCAGAUGCCAGCCACUCU